CUGUUCCCCUGCCCGAGCGCAAACUGCUCCAAAGUCUUCUCGAAAUACACCUCCCUGACGCAGCAUCUCGCGACCCAGCACGGCACAAACACGUCAAAAGCAAAACCCUACCACUGCACCCUCUGCCCCCAAACCUUCUCCCGCUCCCACGACCUCAAACGGCACUACUACGUGCACACGCAGGAAAAACCUUACCGGUGUAAACGGUGCCAGAAGGGGUUCUCCCGACGGGACGCGCUCAAGCGGCACGAGAAGAGCGUGGCGGAGGGGAAGAAGGUGCAUUGCCGGGCGGCGGAU